AUGGCGGUGGCAGGAACACGUGGCAGCGCCUGGUUGGCUGGACGGCGUGGUGUGGUCUUAGCGGCAGUGCUGGUGGCGGCAGCAGGCCUGUUCGAACUCACCUAUGCCCAAGAUCCCAACUGGAGGCAACUCUACCCCUAUAUCCGCGAUGCUGCCACCUUCACUCCCCCGCCCACCUCCACCUUCGCCGCCUCCUCCCCCCCCUCCGCGCCCCCGCCCACGUUCGACUACAUUGUGGUGGGAGGCGGUGCAGUGGGGUGCCCCCUGGCCGCGACCCUCUCCAAAGGCUUCUCCGUGCUGCUGCUGGAAAGAGGAGGCGUGCCCUACGACCAGCCUCUCCCCCCUCCCAUGCCUCCGCUCCCCAUCCACCGUGCCUUCUCUCUCUCUAAAGGCGUCUCCAUGCUGCUGCUGGAAAGGGGAGGCGUGCCGUACGACCAGCACGAGGGCGGUUGUAUUCUUAUUCUCUUCGAGGGGCGGCUGUGCCCUUGGUUGCCUCGCCUCCCCUGCAUACCGCUCCUCACCCCUCCCCACCCACCCCUCUUCAUCCUUCCGCCAUCCCUCCUCCAGCCCUCAGUGUACCGUCGAGAGGCCUUCCCCUAUGUGCUCAGCACGAGGGCGUCGGUGCCCUUCCGAUCGGAGGAUGGGGUGUGGAAUCGGCGCGGAAUCGUGCUGGGCGGUGGUAGCUCUGUCAACGCUGGCUUCUACAGUCGGGCAUCAGCGGAUUUCGUGCAGGCGGCAGGGUGGAACCCUGUGAGGGUGCGGCAGGCAUUUGAGUGGGUGGAGGAGAGAUUAGCCUUUGUGCCGCAGCUGCAGCCGGGAGGUCGGGCAUCAGCGGAUUUCGUGCAGGCGGCAGGGUGGGACCCUGUGAGGGUGCGGCAGGCAUUCGAGUGGGUGGAGGAGAGAAUUGCGUUUGUGCCGCAGCAGGAGCCGGGGGGGUGGCAGCAGGCCUUCAGGGAUGGCAUGUUGGAGGCGGGGCUGGGGCCGUGGAGGGGGCUGACGCCGGAGCACGUUAUCGGCACCAAGCUCGCCAACAGCAUAUUUGACAGCAACGGCACGCGCAGGACAGCAGCAGAUCUGCUCAAAGCGGGAGACCCGGCGCGGCUGAAGGUGCUCAUAUACGCCACCGUGCAACGCAUCCUGCUGGAUGUGUCUAGCGGCGCUGUGUUCACAGGUAACACCAACCGCAGCCACAUUGCCAGGCUGAACCCCUUUCCUGCUCUUCCUGCUUCUCCCAUUCCCCCGCGCCCUCCCUUAACUCCCCCCCCUCCAGGCGCCCCAAGGGCAGCAGGCGCUGUGUUCACAGGUAACACCAACCGCAGCCACAUUGCGCGGCUGAAACCUGGAGGGGAAGUCCUGCUGGCACGGGCACCCCACGAGCAGCAGGGAGUGGUGUUCACAGACAGCACCAACCGCCGCCACAUCCCCCGGCUGAACCCGGGAGGGGAAGAGCUGCUAGCAGCAGGCGCACUGACUUUUGAGUCGACUCAAAAGUCAGCCCGGCUGAACCCGGGAGGGGAAGUGCUGCUAGCGGCAGGCGCACUGGGGUCGCCGCAGCUGCUGCUGCUGAGCGGGCUGGGGCCAACGGAGAAGCUGGAGGCUGAAGGGAAUCGCACCCCAAGGGCAGCAGGCGUGGUGUUCACAGACAGCACCAACCGCUGCCACAUCCCCUGGCUAAACCCCUUCCCUGCUCCUCCUGCUCCAAUGGUUCCCCUGCUCCCACCCGUCCACCGCCCCUUCCACUCCCCAGGCACGCCACGAGCAGCAGGCGUGGUGUUCACAGACAGCACCAACCGCCGCCACAUCGCGCGUCUAAACCCAGGAGGCGAAGUGCUGCUAGCAGCGGGUGCACUGGGGUCGCCGCAGCUGCUGCUGCUGAGCGGGCUGGGGCCCAGAGAGAAGCUGGAUCCGCUGGGGGUGCCGGUGGUGGCGGAGGUGCCAGGGGUGGGCGUGAACGUGACUGACGUUCCCAUCAAUGGCAUCAACGUGCUGUCCCCCAGACCCGUUGAGGAGUCGUCGCUGCAGGUGAGUGAGGGAGUGGCUGUUGCUGCUGAGAGGGCUGGAUUCCCUGGGGGUGCCGGUGGUGGUGGAGGUGCCAGGCAUGGGUGUGACGUGACUGAUGUUCCGAUCAAUGGCAUCAACGUGCUGUCCCCCAGACCCGUUGAGGAGUCGUCACUGCAGGAAGGCUGGAUCCCGCACUCCUCUUCUGCCCUCAUCCUUGUGUUCGUCGCCCCUUGUGUCCGUGCUCUCUCCCCCCUGUCCUCCUCGUCUCCUAUAUUCUUGUCCCUCUCUGGUCCUUCCCUCCAUCCGUUCGUGGCUUUCGUGGCUGUGACACCGGAAGGAAACAUCAUCGAAGGCGCGUCAGGGUCGAACCACACUCUGAGCUGGCCGGGAGCGGGCGAGCUCAACACAGCCCCACCCAUCAAUCGCACGGGGGAGACGGAGGCGAUGAUUGAAGCCAUGCUGCCAUACAUCCCCGGGUUUAUUCAAGACGCUCUGAAUCAAGCCGGGUUUAUCUUACACAAGGUCUACCUGCCGGCCUCUCGUGGAUCCCUCACGCUCGCAUCCCUCAAUGCCUCGGACAACCCCAUCGUGCGCUACAACUACUUCUCCGCCCCCCAGGACGUGGCCACGUGUGUGAGGGGAGCGCAGAUACUCACCAAGAUAGUCACCUCCAAUGCCAUGGCGCCUUUUCGCUAUGACACCCCACCUGUCGCUCUCUUUCUCCUUGACCCAAGUGCAGCACUCAUCACUCCAGGAAACUUCCGUGGGGCUUCCCCUGCACUCCCAGACGUCUCCAACUUCACUGCGUCUGCCCAGUGGUGCAAGGACACGGUGACGGUCAUCUGGCAUUUCCACGGGGGCUGUCACAGGGGCGUGUGUGUGGACAGCAGCUAUCGGGUGAACGGGGUGCAAGCACUGAGGGUGGUGGACGGAUCUACCUUUCUCACCUCCCCGGGCACCAACCCCAUGGCUACAUGCCUCAUGCUCGGAAGGUUUAUUGGCCUGAACCUCCUCGAAGAAAGGGGCUUCAACAUUUCAGCAGCAUAA